UGUAACUCCAGCCUGAAACAACACCUUCAGAAGCUGGAGUGCCACUUCACCUGGGAUCUGGGAUACAGUAAAAAUGAACUCAAGGCGUUACGGAGUAACUUGAAAGAUGUGAACCAGGAAAGAUGCACUUGGUUACUUCACUAUUAUAACCUGCUGAGCUACAUCCAACAGUCUCUCGGCUUCAACACAGAGGCGCUGAAGUACCUGCACAAAGCAGAAAGUGUGAUGCAGGAGCAGGGAACAGAAGAAGCUGGAGUCCGGCUGCAGGUUAACAAAGCUAACCUGGCUUGGGUCUACUUCCUUAUGGGAGAGAUGGAUAAGAGCAAAGGAUACCUAGAAGAGGUGGAGAGGCUUCAGGGAAUGCAUCCUGCUCCACCUGGAUGUGCUCUACACCCUGAAGUCAGUGGAGAAAAGGGCUGGAUGCUGGUGAAGUUCAACAAGUCCAAGAAGCGUCAGGCAAUUGAUUAUUUUAAGAUGGCUUUGAAAGCAGAACCAGAAAGGAAGGAAUGGCACAAAAGUCUUGCCAUAGCCAUGAGCAGGGCAUAUAUAAAGUCUGAAUUUACUCCACAGCUGGAGGCUGAAAUACUACAGCAGGUGAAAACGGCAGCAGAGAUGGACCCAAAUGAUUUGUUCCUUCAAUCCCUUUAUAUACUAAAAACGUUUGAGGUGCUAGCAGAAAACAAUGAUGAAGAAAUACAAAUUUUAUUAGAGAGAACCUUUGAAACCAAAAACAUGGAGGGAUUGCCAGGGUAUUUUUCAGUAUUACAGAAGAUUCCACAGAGAGAUGUUUUCAAGACGGAGAAAGGGUUCGAGAAAAUUUUCCCACCUCUACUACAGUUCUUAGAAUCGUAGCUAAUUUAUACAAAUGUAAGGUUUUCUUGAUGAAGGAUGACAGUGAGGAAAGGGAGACUUUGGCUAGGAAAUCCAUUGAGCUGUUUGAGGAGGUUGUCAGACAUGAUCCCGAUCGUCUCAAAGUAAAGUUAGCCCUUGCAUUGCUUAUUGCAUUUAAUUAUAACUACUGUUCACAUGUGAAUAUAAAACACUUUUAUAAUUGCUUUUCUUUGAGACCUUCAUUUCUGAAAAGUGGAUAUACAGAUGUGUUGCUUACAUGUCCUGCUGUUUCAAAUAGAAUAAACAUUUAUUAUAAAACACUGAUUCAUUUAUUUCUCAUUUCUACUUGAUCAGAUCUGCCUGCUUUGUUGAUUUUGAAACUUUGUGUUUACUGUUUGCAAUAAUAUGCUAAUUAAAAAUCUUUUCUCACAGAUAAGUGAUUUUCAAACAUUAGAAAUGUAUGUUUUCUUUUCACAUUUUCCAAAGAACUUUAGCUUGCCAAUGGAGAGACUGAAGAUACAUUGUGACAAACUGAAAAUGAUCUAUUGUAACAGUGUUCCAGCACGAAACAAGGUCACAUACAAAUAAAUGUGUACUGUUCAGAGUCACAAGGUAUUUGAUGUACUUUCUAAAAGUUUAAAUCAAGAGAUUACAUGUAAUUUGUUUCUCUUCUUGUCGAAUACCCAUAAUUCUUUUCGAAGGGAGAAUAUUGUCCAUGAUCUUUAUAUGAAAUACAGGUUAUCUGAUACUGUUUAUAUAUACUAUAGCAUCUCAUAUUAUUCUUGUUUCCCUGACAUUUAGCCAUUUUUCAAUCCAUAAAGUCUAUUCACCAAGGCAUUCUCUGAAUGGCUCACACAGAAUAUCCAAGUCCAAAGAAAGCUUUGUAGAUUGAUGCAUAAUUAGAAAAAAUCCAUCGCAUUUUGCCAUAUUUAAAAACGUAGUAUUGAAAACAUUUAACAUAAAAUAUGUACACAAGUUAUCAUAUUGAUAACUCAAUUGUUAUCAAUCGAUAACAUUUAUGACAUUAAAAAGAUGACAUUUGAUUUAAAUGUUUUUAGGACAGUGAGGUUUACAGUGGUGUAUGUAGCUGUAUACACGUCACAAAAUUUUGGGGUCAGUAAGAUUUAUUUUUUGUUUUUGAAGGAAAUUAA